GUGUAUCUUCAAGUGCUCUGUGAGGACCGGGACGCAUGUGACCACCUGCCCUGGACUUCCUGGGAUGCCCGGCUUGACCCACAAGCCGUCCUGGCUCCAGGUGGGGAAGUCUGGGCAGACUGAUAUAUUCCCCGCAGCCUCCUCUUCCCUCAGGUCCCAGGCACGCACAAGGCCACCCUGCUGGCCUUUGGUCUGCUCCAGCCCGCUGGCCAGACUUGCAGGGUCCGAGUCCAGGUGGCUCAGGUCAGAGCCUCAUUCCCCGAGGGCACCCCUCCAUUAUGACUUCACCGACUGAAGUUGCCCCGGAGACAAUGCUGGGCGUUCCACCCCAGAGUCUUCGUCUCUGAGAGGCAGGGGUGGCAGGCCAGCCUGCCCAGGGUAUCCUCUGUCCGCGGGGUAACUGAGGACGCUGCUGGCCCCUGUCCCGCGGGGGUGCAGAGGGCAGCCUCAGAGGCCCUGGGUGCUCCCGGCGCCAUGGACGACGCUGGCGUCCUCAGGCGACGAGGCUACACCAUGGGGACGCAUUUGGGAGAGGGCUCGUACGCGAAGGUCAAAUCUGCCUACUCUGAGCGCCUGAAGUCCAACGUGGCGGUCAAGAUCAUCGACCGCAAGAAAGCCCCCACGGACUUCUUGGAGAAGUUCCUUCCCCGGGAAAUCGAGAUUCUGGCCAUGCUGAACCACCGUUACAUUAUCAAGACCUACGAGAUCUUUGAGACAUCAGACGGCAAGGUCUACAUCGUCAUGGAGCUCGGGGUCCAGGGCGACCUCCUUGAGUUCAUCAGAACCUGGGGGGCCCUGCACGAGGAUGAUGCUCGCAAGAAGUUCCGCCAACUCUCCUCGGCCAUUAAGUACUGCCACGACCUGGACGUCGUCCACCGAGACCUCAAGUGCGAGAACCUUCUCCUCGACAAGGACUUCAACAUCAAGCUGUCCGACUUCGGCUUCUCCAAGCGCUGCCUGCGGGAUGACAGUGGCCGACUGACGCUGAGUAAGACCUUCUGUGGGUCGGCGGCGUACGCAGCCCCCGAGGUGCUGCAGGGCGUCCCCUACCAGCCCAAGGUGUACGACAUCUGGAGCCUGGGCGUGAUCCUCUACAUCAUGGUCUGCGGCUCCAUGCCCUACGACGACUCCAACAUCAAGAGGAUGCUGCGCACCCAGAAGGAGCACCGAGUCAAGUUCCCCCGCUCCAAGCACUUAACGGGUGAGUGCAAGGACCUCAUCUGCCGCAUGCUGCAGCCGGACGUCAACCGGCGGCUGCACAUUGAUGAGAUCCUCAGCCACUGCUGGGUGCGGCCCAUGGCACGGGGCCUGUCCUCUGCAGCCAUCAGCAAGGAUGGGGAGAGUUCCCAGGGCACCGAGCCUUCAUGCAACCCCAAGCCCAGCUCUGACGAGAGGUCUGCCAAGCUGGAGACCCUGGAGGAGGCCCAUCCCGAGGCCCGGCCCAAGACACAAGCCGAGGAGAAGGUACUGCAAGCACAGGUGUCAAGGCAGUUAGAGCCCCUGGGCCUCAAUGGCAGUGAGCAGCUGAGCAGGGAGGCAGAGGCAGAGGUCCCCGUGGGGCCUUCAGAGACGCACAUCUAGGAAGCCUCCUGCAGCCCAGGGGGCCAGCAGGGAAAGAGGCAGAGCUCAUGGCUUUGCGCCUGGGUGCUGGAAUUCAAGGGAUGAGCCAGAGAAGGAAGACUGUCCCGGAUGAGCCACUAUUUUCGUCAGUUUCUCCUCCCUCCCUUUGAACUUGGUAACCCAUGGUAACGUGGCUAAAGAAGCAAUAAAUCACUAUAUUAGUGCAGACCUCAAGGGGAAUGCUGCUCUGCUGACUGAGGGUGUCCAGGGAGAGGUCGUGCACUCUCCCCUUUGCGCCCCUCCCCCAGAACUGCCCCUCCUCCUGGGGAAAUACAUCCCCGACUGCACCUCAGGCCCCGGACCAGAGCAGAGACCUGAGUGCGGAAGACGCCGCUUCAGGGGGGAGGCCUGGGAGUGUGGCACUGUGGCUGCGGGCUGCGGAGGACGGGUGGGAGAUGGGCGAGGUGGCAGCCCACAGAGGAUGGAGAGGGGCCACCUCAGCAGGAAUCGGCUCUGUCUGCAGCUGCCACAGAGUCUGGGCCCUCAACACCCCAGGGCCACCCACCCCACAGGCUGCCUGCUCACCAACUCCCUACCCUGACAGGCAACGUGUUUUUUCUGCUCUGUCCACCAGGAGUUCCCCCGUGUCCAGCCACUACCCACUGCUCGACGGUGCUGAGUCAUCCUAUCCUGUGGUCGCUUGCCAGUCCCAGGGGAAGCAGGGGCUGCGCUGGGCGCCUAGUCACACCUCAGCCUGUGUGUCCCUUCACUCGACCACGUCCCAUUCUCCUCUAGUCCAUCUUUCCCCAGAGUGACACUCUGCCAGAGCUGACACUGGCAAGCGGGAGCAGAGGAAUGGAUGGGGGUCCUCAUGAUGCGUGCCUGGCCC